CAGCGUGCUGUUUUGCGAUCAUUUGACCAAUACAUGAAACCGGUUCAAAUUUGCUCAUUCGACUCCACUGUUUCGAAAGCAGACAUGAUCAAACAGCUGAGCAGCAGCCCAGCAGCUGAGUCAAUGACGUCAGCAUAGCAGGAGAGGCAGUUGCUAAACAGAGACACAGAGGGUGACUGACACUUUAUUUGGUCUCUGUGGCUCAAGUCGAAAAAAUUGUUAUUGGUCCAUUGAGCUACACGAGUUCGUAAGUGUCGGUACCUCGUUGUCUCUAGUUACCUUGACGCGGGGGAGAUGAGCGAGCUAAGCCAAGAGGAGAUACGUCAGAAGCGAUUAGCACGUCUGGCAGGCCUUGACACCGCAGGAAAUGUGUCUCCAAGCCCUGCCUCCUCUUCAGCACCAUCUACUUCACCCUCUAGCACUGCAGUCUUGCCAUCUCCUUCUGCACCGGGUCCUUCCAGAAGUAACCAUGGAAUACCUGUUCUCAACACCCAGAAAAGUGAUUCAUCAGUCAGUGACAAUUCACUUCAAAUGGAAGUGGAUUGUGAAAAAACUAAUGUUUCUCAAGUUGAUGUUGACUCAGGAUUUGAAAACAUGGAAGUAGAUGAAUCUGAUAACAAAAAAGAAGUAACUAGGAGACAAAGAACUGUAAGCUCAAGUGCAGAAGUUACAGAAGAUGUGGUCCUUUCAACCAUAUCUCGUGUUCUUUGCGUGUCUUGGACUGACCGAAGUGAAGCUACUGUUUUCCUACCACACACUGCAGAGGCCAUUAAAGAAGCCAGGCAAGAAGACCCAGCCAUGCCUGUAAAUGUUCAGGACCUAGUGAGCCAAGCUUUGAUGGAAGUUCUAGACCAGUUUGCAAGUGGUGAAAAUCCACUGACAUAUCACAGCUCUGAAUCUCCGGCACCAUCCUCAUCUACGUCUACUUCGGCAUCAGCCUCAACAUCAAAAGAACAAUCAACAGAAUCUAAAGAACUAUCUGCCUUGCAUCUUGUUCAAGCAAAAGCCAGUAAUGGUCUCAACUAUCUGUUUGAUUGCUAUGCAAGGGUUGCAGUUGAAGAAAGAAACCAACCCAAGAGAAGCAGCACACCUCCCCUCAAGGAGGUUCUGGCUGACAUUCGAGCCCAAUGCGUUCAACUCUCCUCUCUUUUGCUACAAGGCAUUGCCAUGGAAAUAGUUCCUCAACUGCCAUCUCCUCUGUUGGCUCCUGUUAUGAACCAGUCUCUUCCUCGUGGUUUCCUGCCUGAACUAUUUGCCCGAACCUUCAACAAUAAUGCAGUCUUUCUUCAAAUUAUGACUCCUGUGCUGCGAGGCUUGUUCCUAAAUAUGCAAACUGCUUCCAUCAUUGGGAAUGCUCAUCGUCAGCCUAUCCAAGCACUGUGUGAUCUUCUUGAGAUACGCUGUGGGCCCUCUGGUAACAUAAGGCCUCUGUGCCAGCUACUGACCCAGCAGGUUAAUUUCUUACCCGAAGCUGUUACCCAAGCAGUGGGCCGUGAACUAUCCCGCACCUCUUUCCUUGGUGCAUUCAUGCAAGUUUCAGUAUUUGCUGAAGAUGACCCAAAAGUGGCAGAGAAGUUUUUCUCUGGAAACACAAGCUCUGACAAAACCAUGAAUCAUACUUUGCAGCUUGAACUUGACAAUACAAGGGGACUUCUGGCCAAAGUGUUCCACACAGUGCUUCUGAAUUCUAGCUCUCGUGAGCCUAUGAUGAAUUGGCUUUCAGCCAUGGUCAAACACAAUGAUAGAAGAGCACAGCUCCAAACUGAAGAGAGUGCUUUGGCAGGAGAUGGCUUCAUGCUCAAUUUACUUUCCGUUCUUCAGCUCUUAGCAGUAAAGAUAAAAUUGGAGAAAGUAGACCCCCUUUACCCCUUUCACCCAGCAGCUGUUAUUGACAUAGUCAAUGCGACAAGGCUGAAACUCAGUAGUCAAGAAGUCUCUGCCUGGAUUGAAGGUUUAAAUUCAUCUGGCACUCAUACAUGGCUGGAACCAAAGUUUCCAACACAGUGCUGGUUCUUGACAUUACACUGCCACCACUUAGCUCUCUUACCAGCCUGUGCCAAGUAUCAAUUGAGAUUAAGAACACUCAGAGAGCUGCAUAAGCUGGUUGAAGAGAUGACUCAAACUGAAGCCCAAUGGAAGGAUCUUCCUUAUGCCCAACGCAAUAAGGAUUUGAUUCGUCGUUGGAAGCAACAAAUUAAGAAAUUGAAUCGUAGCAAGGCAUGUGCAGAUGCGGGCCUGCUUGAUGAGGCUCUUAUACGCCGUGCAAUGAUAUUUUACACCUCUGUAGCUGAGUUUUUAAUGAGUACUUUAACUGGCUGGACAGCUGGAAGUCCACCUCCUAGCCUACCCAUAUCUUCAGAAAUUCCCCAACUCUUUGCUGCAUUGCCUGAGUGGUAUGUGGAGGACAUUGCUGAAUUUCUACUGUUUGCUCUGCAAUUUUGCCCCUCAGUUGCUGCAGAUUGUAUGGAAGAUUCCUUGAUCUGUUGGCUCUUGGUGGUUGUAUGUGCCCCUCAUUGUAUCCGAAACCCUUACCUCGUGGCGAAAAUAAUUGAAGUCUUGUUUGUCAUCAACCCUGGAAUACAAUCAAGGACAGAAAACUUACACUCUCGUGUAAUGUCCCACCCUAUAUCUAUCACACAUCUCCCUUCUUAUUUGAUGAAGUUUUAUACUGAUGUUGAAACUACUGGUUCUAGUUCUGAAUUCUAUGAUAAGUUCACUAUACGCUAUCACAUCAGUCUUAUUCUGAAAGGAAUGUGGGAAAGUCCCAUUCACAUGCAGGCAAUCAAGAAUGAAUCUAGGUCUGGUAAACAAUUUGUCAAAUUCAUCAAUAUGCUCAUGAAUGAUACGACUUUCCUUCUUGACGAAAGCCUGGAAUCCCUCAAGCGCAUACAUGAAGUGCAGGAAAUGAUGUCUGAUACUGCAUCUUGGAACCAAUUGUCAAGUCAGCAACAACAAUCAAGGCAACGUCAACUUUCUGCAGAUGAACGCCAGUGCAGGUCAUAUUUGACUUUGGCUCGUGAGACUGUUGACAUGUUUCACUAUUUGACUGCUGGAAUACAAGAACCAUUCUUGAGACCCGAAUUAGUAGACAGACUGUCAGCUAUGCUGAACUUCAAUUUGCAACAACUUUGUGGGCCAAAAUGUAAAAACCUCAAAGUUCGAACUCCUGAAAAGUAUGGCUGGGAGCCUCGCAGAGUUUUGAGCCAGUUGGUUGAUAUUUAUCUUCAUUUAGACCAUGAAGAAUUUGCAUCUGCUCUCGCAGCAGAUGAGCGCUCAUUUCGCAAAGAACUGUUUGAAGAUGCAGCAGUUAGAAUGGAGCGCGCUCGUAUUAAAACCCCUGAUGAAAUAAAGAGAUUCCUGGCUCUUGCUCAGCAUGCUCAUGAAAUCGCUGUUCAAAACAUGAAACGUGAAGUGGACUUCAAUGAUGCUCCAGAGGAAUUCAAAGAUCCUCUCAUGGACACAUUAAUGGAAGACCCUGUACAACUACCAUCAGGAAAGGUAAUGGAUCGCCCUGUAAUCAUGCGACAUCUACUCAACUCUUCUACAGACCCUUUCAAUCGCCAACCUCUAUCAGAGGAUAUGUUGAUGCCUGCUACGGAAUUGAAAGAAAGAAUUGCUGUAUGGAAGCAAGAAAAACUGAGAUCCAGUCUAACUUAAGUUGAUUUUUUAACAAUCAUUUUUCAGCAUGAUCUCUUGAUUCUUAAUUAAUUUUCAAAUAAUUUGUACGGACUUGUUUGGAAGAUCAGUUGUAGUAGGUAGAAAGAUGCCUCAAAGAAUCUUCGAAAAUGUUCUUAAUGUUGAUUUUUUUCUGAUAUUCCUUUUUUUGUCUCCCUUUUUAUAUGGAGAAUAACAGUUUUCUGUGUUGUUAAUAUAACCCCCAAUCAUUUUGUGAAAUCUGACAAGGACAGUUUUUAGUUCUUGAUGGACCAUGUUUAAAAUUGUUAGUUUAUUUAUUUUUCGUUUUUGAAGAGUGUUUGAUAGAACUGGCUGUGACGUUGCUUUCAAGAGUUUGUUGAAGCUGCUUUUUCAAAUCUUGCGGCUGUUUUGCCAGGACCGUAAGUGUUUUUCUCUCCUAUUUUGUUUUAUUUUUUUAAAUCAUUGUUUUCUUUUUAUGCCAUGAAAAUCCUAUUGGUAAUUGUUAAACAAAACACUUUCCUGCAUUUCCCUUGGAAAGUCUGUCAAUAUUCAGUUUUCAACUUCAGCUCUUUGACAAACAAGGGGAUAUUCUAAAUUUCUUCAGGAAGUGUUGACCUAAGCAACAUUAAGACUUUUAAAUUGCCUUUCCAAGGAAAAUGCAGGAAUUUAUCAAGCCUUCUAAAUACAAAACCAGUCAAUGUUGUUGUUUUGUAACAACCACUCUUUACAUUGGCAGCAUUUUAUGAUCCUGUGUGUAUAAGAAAAAGGAUUAUUUAUUUGUUGUGCGGGUUUGCACAUAAUCUUAGUCAAAAAGAAAUUAUAUUUUUGUGGAAUGCUACCUGGUGAUGCUAUUAACGUUCUGGCAUAAAAUCCCAUGUAAGGUCUACUGUUAAAAUAUUUUUAAUUUUCAAUACCUGUUGAAGAAGUUCUUAGUUAAAAUGCAAGUUGAAAUUUGCAAACCAAAUUUGAUGAUUAAAGUCGGCCUGCACUCACACAUACACUCACUAACACCUAAAAACACUGAUAAUCGAAACAUCAGAGCAUAUCACUGCCAAAAAAUAUUUACUACACUUACGAUAUAUUGUUUUGUUCACGCACAAUGCCCACUUAAAUUAUUUGGGAAGUUAUUUAUUUUCUGGCUUACUUGUGCAUGUGUAGGCUCAUAAUGAAAACUAUGUGAUAUAUCAAAGUAGUGGUCUAUCCAUCUGUUAGUUUAGCCGGUGAAAUCAACCCUUUAAUUUUCUUUUUGUGAGUACUUCGAUGAGUCAUGUGGAUUUUACAGUGAACUAAUCUAGAAAUGGCUAAACACUAUGAAGAAGAACAUUGUUGCUGUAGUAUUUAAUUUUUGAAUUGAGAAGGCUAAGCAUCUAGAUUGUUUUCUUCACCCUUGUAGAUGUGGUAUUUAAGAAAGCAAGCACUUAAUGUGUAUAUAUUAUAUGAUGGGUUUACUAGCAGUAAAUCUCAUGUAUCUUUAGUACUGGACCUAAUAAGAACUGAAUUAAAAAGUAAUUGACCAAAGGGUCCGAACUUAGUUCUUACCUGCACACAUUUUUGUUCUGUUCAAAAUUUUUUUUUUAACUCAGCCAGGCACUCAUAAAGAACGUUCUUGCUUUCCACUUUGAAGUUUGGGCUUGUCUUCUAUCUCUCUGAACUGCAUGUUGAGUGUUGUUAGUCAAACCCAUGUAUAACGCUCAGGAGCUAUCAAAGAUUUCUACUCAAAAUGUGAGAUUAAUGUAACUAUGUUGACUGUCACAUUAUGAAGAAUGAUCGCUGUAGAAUAAGACUGAACCUUUUUCUUAUGUGGCUGUCUUCCAUUUCAUUACUGCAGGGAAAGGCAUUAAUGUUCUAUAAUCCUUGAUAUACUGUGUGCCAACCGAUUUUAACAUUUAAGCGUAUUGGCACAGUGUUUUCCAAAAGUAAUGAUAGGAUUACUCUUUACUCGUACUUCUACAUGUAGUUUGAAACUACAAUUGGGUUCAAAAAUUACUGUUUCAACUUUUAGGAAAUCAAUCAAAAUUCAUAUUUAAAUUAUAAUGCUGUUGAUGCUGAAAUUAUUAUUUAAAAACAUCUUAGAUGAGACUGAAGCAGCUCCUUCUAGCUUAGUCAGUUGUUAGUAUUACAGUUUGCAUCACACUGUUUAAGUAGCCUUUGUUACAGAUAUUAUUUUUUUUGCUUCCUGUGUUAAGUAUUACUGUUUCUCCCUACUUUCAAUCCUUCAUGCCCUAGCAGUGUAGAUAUGAGGCAAAUUAACAAGAAAUCUCCGUGAAUACAUGUUGUCACAUCAAGUUCAAUUCUUAUGUUUUUAGUUGAAAGUACAAAGUCCAGAGCAUGUCUGAUUUGCUAAUGCAAAUUGCACUUGUCUCUGUGCUCGUUUUUGUGAUGUUUUACUUUAUUUCUUGAAUGAAGGCAACACACUUUUGAAAUGGUUUUAAAUUGCUUAGGAAAGAAAAAUGCUGGCCUUCAUCAAAUUUUAACUGUUACACAUUUAAGGGGAGUUUGGGUGUAUCUCAAAAGGCAAAAGUUUUAUGUACUGUUGUAAACAUGAUAAGUAAUUGGAAUUCCCAGAUUUGUGUUUAUUGUAAAUAGAAUAAUAUUAUUUUAUGUGUCCUGAGAGAUAAAAAAAAUAAAAGUAUGAAAGUGUACA